AUGACGAGGACCCGAAACAAACAUUUAAAGGAACCAAAAAUAACGUCUAGGGAGGGUGUUGACAGACUGAAAAAAUGUACGAGGAAAAUCGGCAAAGUGGACCCUAAUGAGUUAGACAACAAAUAUGCCUAUAUACAAGUAACACAUGUUACCCCGUUCUUCAAGGAGAAAGAGUUACAGAGACGUCUGACAGACUUCGAGAAGAACAAUAAUGUUUACUCGUUCAUGUAUGAGACACCUUUUACGAAAGUGGGAAAAUCACACGGUGAAAUACACGAACAGUUCAAAAGGAGAACAGUACUUCUGACAACCCAUUCCUUUCCCUUUGUUAAAAAGAGGAUAGAAGUUAACAAUAAAACGGAGUGCAUUUUGAGUCCUCUAGAGGUGGCCAUUGACGAGAUGAAUGCCAAGGUCGCAGAUUUACGAGAGGUUGUUGAUCUUGCCAUGCCAGACAUGAAAAAAUUACAGCUCAAAUUACAAGGCUCUGUUAGUGCUCAG